UUGCUAUAAGCAAAAUAACAACAAUAAUUAUAACAGUCACCCGUUGGGAAGGCAGACAAUCGAAAAAAAUAGAAAAAUUUAUAAACUAUUAAGAAAUUGUUGACUUUUUUAUUUUUAUACGUUUACAUAAAUAUUAUCAUAGCAGCUGUAAUAAAAUCACAGACGUCAAACCAUGGACGAUGUGGAUAUAACAACUGUCGAUCAAUACCAAACGCUGGUCCGCUACAAUAAUCCAGUUUUGGUGGUAAAACAUCCUGACAAAAAGGGUGUACCAACAGAUAUUGAGCUGAAGCGACCACUAACUGCCGGCGCUUUGCUUGAUACAAAACGUGAAACCGAAGAAAUCUUGAAUUCUAUAUUACCACCGCGCUGUUGGGAAGAGGAUGGACAAUUGUGGCAGCAAACGGUCUCCAGCACGCCCGCUACACGACAGGAUGUGAUCAAUCUGCAAGAGAUGCUUGACACACGUCUACAACAAACGCAGGCUCGUGAGACUGGCAUAUGUCCCAUACGUAGAGAAUUAUAUACACAAUGUUUUGAUGAGAUAAUACGACAGGUCACCAUCAACUGUUCCGAGCGUGGUUUACUGCUGCUACGUAUACGCGACGAAAUCACCAUGUCUAUGGAAGCAUAUGAAACGCUAUACUGCAGUUCAGUGGCAUUUGGUAUGCGCAAGGCAUUGCAGGCGCAUGAAGAGAAGGAAAUGUUGCGUGAUCGUGUUAAAACUUUGGAAAUUGAAAAGGAAACGCUUGAAGAUAUUAUAAACGAUAUGAAACUUAAACAGGAGCAAGCGGAGCGACGUAAUGCUGAGUUGCGCGCAUCCGAAGAGAAGAAAUAUGCAGAAGAGGUUGCAUUCCUCAAGAAGACCAAUACGCAACUCAAGGCGCAACUGGAAGGCAUUACAGCGCCCAAGAAAUGAAUAAUUUAUACACGCGCAAGCUGGCAAGGACUUUUGUGCAAUUUAUAUACAUUCAUACAUCAUUUUUUUUUUAAUAAAAUGUUUAUAUUUCUAUA